AUGGUACAAAUCAACAGCAGCAGCACGAGCUACGCGCAAGUAGCUAAGCAAAACACCUCACAUCCGAAUGAUAAAAAAAUCCGAACCGAAAACCUACAAUCGCAACAACCAAACCAACAGCAACACAAACGAGAAGAAAACCAACAGCAGACCAGCCAACAAAAACAUUCCAAAAAACAUAUAAAUAUGGCUAUAUAUUUCCAAACUGACGUUAUCAAAUUAGUUAUGGUUCUGAUUUGCGUAGACACAAUUUACGCAAAGCGAUCAUCGUACUUCGAACGCAAAACGGAUUUUGAUUUCGACUCGUCGAUUUCCAGCUCUGGUCAUCAGACAAAAUCUGGUUACAGUUCGGGAAGUGGAUUGCGUUCGAUUGCCCAGGGAUCAGCCGAUCAAGCCAACACGGCCGUAGCCAAUCAGGUGGCUGCAGCUAAACAAGCAGCAUAUGUUGCGCAAAGCACUUUGGCUCAAGCUGCAGCCCAGGCUGCAGCAACGGCUUCAGCAGCUUUGGCGGGGAAACAAGUCCUAAUGGAAGGAUUGGAACAGCAAAGUUUGGAUGCGCAUCAGGCACUUGAGAACGAAAUUCAGCAACUGCAUCAGGCUAAGAAAUCCGCAAAGGCAGCUCAAUUCGCAGCACAACAGGCACUCAGUCAUGUUCAGGUUUUGACAGCAGCACUGAAUAAUGCACAGACAGCCUCCGAACAAGCUCAGCAUGCUGCAACAGAAGCUGCUUCCGAGCUAGCUUUGCAGAGCAAGAUGGUCGGAGCUGCGAAAGCACGCGUCGAAAGCAUCAGAGAACAGUUCGAAGCAGCUCGGGUUGAUUUCGAAGCGACGCAAGAAGCUACGCAGAAGGCAGCCGUUUCGGCUCAAGAAGCUCAGAAAAAUGCUGCCGAGGCCGCAGCUCAUGCCGCAGUGCCACAUCAGGCAGUUCCGGUGGAAAACUUCAGCAUCCAUCAGUUCCAAAACAAGCUGAACAGCUCCAAAGCGCAGCACAGCUUCGAGGAUUCUCACGACGAGGACGACAGCAACAGUGGCGAUGAAGAUGACAUUAGCAGCAGUGAUGAUUUCAACUCGUCAAAUCAUCAUUAUGGUUGA